UACGGGGAAAGCUACGUUCACGGAUUUGAAAGGACAAACAGGACUGGUUGUGACACGGAGGAGUAGUCUGUCCGCUAAAUGGACUGGUCGCCCGGCUGGCUACGAGGAUUAGCAAGCGUCAUGACAAUUACAUAAUAUCGUUCUUGCCACAAAAAUAAAUAAAAAAACAGCGAACAAACUGCUAGCGGGAGCGACGUAGGACCCGUAUACAACCAGUAUACAACCAACCAGUAUACAACCAACCAGUAUACAACCAGUCCACAGUCCACCCGUAGAGACCCGGGCUGUGGACGCUGAGGUCAUUGUGAACUCUUGGACAUAUAGUAGCCUAACCGUGUGUCGUCCCCUCUUUUUCUCUCUUUAUGCUACAAAGUAACGACGGCUACAACUCCAACUAGCAUAACUGUGAAGUUAGCGGCACUUGUAGCAAAUGUAAAAAAAAAAACACAAGAUAAAGAAGACCGCAAGCGUCGUCUUAACUUCCGGUCGGGCAAAGUCGACAUAACGCACGGCGACGUUUGACAGUAACCCGCCCGUGGUCCUCCAAGGGGCUGAAAGGUCACCGGGACCGGUCAUCUCUCUCUCUUUUCUCUCUCCUCCUCCUCCUCCUCCUCCUCCUCCUCCCAUCAGUCCGUUAUGAAGAUGUGAACUCUUCCCUCCCUCCCCUUCCUCUUUCUCUCUUCGCCGUCCCGGACGCUUUGAUCUUUUUUCCCUAUUUUCUUUUUUCCUCUCUCCCCCCUAUUUGGUACAACGAGAUCAAAGUGGGCGACUCCCGCCUCUCUCUCUCUCGGGGGAUGUACGAAAGCGUGGAUGUUGUGGGUUUCAGCCCGAGCCCGAGCAGCCCCAAUCCCGGCUCUUUUCUGGGCAUGGACUACUACCACAGACCCCCGGGGCUCGGGCCGGAGAAGGGACUGCUGUCCGGUGUCGGAGGGCUCCAGCGGCCGUUCGGAGGGUCCCUGGUGACCAGCAGACACUGGAGCGGAUCCAGCCACUCCAUCGAGACUGAGAGCACAAGUUCGGGAGAGGACCUUCUCGUCCCCAGCCCCGCCUCUCCUCCACCUCCACCGCGCAUCUACAAGCCCUGCUUUGUAUGUCAGGACAAAUCCUCAGGAUACCACUAUGGAGUCAGCGCCUGCGAGGGUUGCAAGGGUUUCUUUCGGAGGAGCAUCCAGAAGAACAUGGUGUACACGUGUCACCGAGACAAAGUGUGCGUCAUAAACAAGGUGACGAGGAACCGGUGUCAGUCCUGUCGGCUGCAGAAAUGCCUCGAAGUUGGCAUGUCCAAGGAGUUGGUGCGAAACGACAGGAUGAAGAAGAAGAAGGAGGAUAAGAGGCAGGGUGAGACGGAGAUCUACGUCCUGUCGGCAGACACGGAGCAGAUGAUCGAACGAGUCCGCCGGGCCCACCAGGACACAUUUCCCUCCCUCGGCCAGCUGGGAAAAUACACCACGAGCAACAGCGCAGAGCACCGAGUCUCUCUGGAUGUCAGUCUCUGGGACAAGUUCAGUGAGUUGUCCACCAAGUGCAUCAUCAAGACGGUGGAGUUCGCCAAGCAGCUACCUGGUUUCACAACGCUAACCAUCGCCGACCAGAUCACCCUGCUCAAAGCCGCCUGCCUCGACAUACUGAUUCUGAGGAUCUGCACCCGCUACACCCCUGAGAAAGACACCAUGACCUUCUCCGACGGUCUGACCCUGAACCGCACUCAGAUGCACAACGCCGGGUUUGGACCUCUCACGGACCUGGUGUUCUCCUUCGCGAACCAGCUGCUGCCGCUCGAGAUGGACGACGCAGAGACGGGAUUGCUCAGCGCCAUCUGCCUGCUCUGUGGAGACCGUCAGGAUCUGGAGGAGUCGGACAAGGUGGAUGUUCUUCAGGAGCCGAUGCUUGAAGCCUUGAAGAUGUAUGUGAGGAGGAGGAGGCCAGAGAAACCCUGCAUGUUCCCCAAGAUACUGAUGAAGAUUACUGACCUCAGGAGCAUCAGUGUGAAAGGAGCGGAGCGAGUGAUCACGCUGAAAAUGGAGAUACCCGGCUCAAUGCCUCCUCUCAUCCAGGAAAUGCUGGAGAACUCCGAGGGACUGGAGGGGCAGGGGGCCGGGGGAGGAAAAGGGGGAGGAGGAGGAGCCAGAGAAGAGGAUGAAACGGAGCUCGGAAGCCGCCAUCCAAGUCCGUCGCCCAUAUCGCUUUCCUCCCCGAGCCGGAGCCCCGCGCCCCGCUCCCCCUCCACCUGAAGCUCCACACUCCCCUUUCGCGUGCCGGUAGGAGGACUAAACAUCUCGGUGGCGUGAGGUCGAAUGAAAGCCGUUAAACUCUGCUGCCCGGACCGGAUUUGUUUUCACAGACGCCAUGGUUUUACACAUCAAAUGCAGAAAAUAAACAGCAUUUCCUGAUUCCAGAAGGUUAAUUAUACGCUGACCGUAUGAACCUAAACGAAGGAUUGGGUAAAGACUGAAUGUGGACGGACUGAUGACGAGGACCUCUUAAAUCAAACAUUUUCUCCUUCAUGAAAAGUCAUGUAUAUUUGCAGAAUCACUGUGUUAU